CACCCUCCCAUUCUGCAAUCUCCGCUUCUCGACUUCUUUUUCUUGCACUGUGCCACUGUCUACUCUUCUGCUUUCAUCUCAUGCUCAGUUUCCCUGGUUCAGUUCUUUCUCAGCCAAAUGGACAUCUCUAGACUAGUUCUGUUCAACUCUCAAACAGUUACAGCUUUGCCUCUUCUUCUCUGUCACUGUAAGUUGUGAGAGCCUUGAACUUCAAAUCCAUCUAAGCUUUUGAAUUUGCUCUGAAGAAACAGCAACAAGAUCUGCAUAUUUACUCUGCAUGUGCAUCAGGAGCCCUGCAUACAAACACAGCCGGCCAUUUUUCCUCAUCUCUUCGCUCGUAUUGUGAGAAUAAUUGUAUAUAUUUGAAGUUUUGCUAACCGGAAGAGGUGUUUGUGGUGGAUCGAGUCGGAUCGACGCAGAUCGAACAAAAUCAAAUGGAAUUGGAUCGCAACCGAGCGUUGACGCGGAUUCGAGAGGAGUAUAGAGAGAUUGAAUCCAAUCCCUCUGACGAUUUCAUGUGCGGCCAGCUCGAGCGGGAAGAAUUUCAAUUUCAAUGGCAAUUUGCAGUCAGAGGCGCUAAAGGAACUGAAUUCGAGGGUGGGAUUUAUCAUGGGCGUGUCCUGUUUUCGGGGGAAUACCCAUCUAAGCCUCCUUCAAUCAUACCUUUGACGGAAAAUGGUCGCUUCAAAACCCAUACCGAGAUCUGUUUAAGGCGACUGGAUAAAUGGAAGCCAUCAUGUAGGGUGCGAGAUGUUUUGGUUGAUUUCAUUCAUUCAAUGCCCACCAACCCAGAUGAUGAAUUGUGUUCAUUAAAAUGCAGUAAGGAAGAAAGGCUUGCCCUGGCCAUCAAAUCGCGUGCAGCAGCCACAAAAGAUAGCCCUUUUGACUUUGAACGUCAGAAGUUAAUUGAUCAGAUUCAUAAAUAUAUGCUAAGCAAGGCACCAGCUGUUCCUUUUCCUUCCAACGGCACAGGGAGCGGUGCUGUUGUCUACAACGUCCCCAACGGCACAGGUGGCGGCGUUGUUGUCUACAACUUCUCCAACGGCACAGGCGGCGGCGCUGCUGUCUACAACUUCUCCAACGGCACAGGCGGCAACGUUAUUGGGAAUGCAUUUCAAGCUACCAAUUCCGACAGGGUUGGAAUUUUGGGUUCUAUGAAUGAGGCCGCGGUUGGAAUUUUGGGUUCUAUGAAUGAGGCCUUCAUCAGGGGUGGAGGCCCAUUGGUAACAGUGUGCUCCCGGACUACCAUUUCUACCAUUAUCUCUAUUUUUUUAGUUUUACUUUCUGUCCUCCAAACACUCCAAACACUUUUAGAGUUGGAGAUGUUACCAAAUAUCAAAUUUAAAUUUGAUGGAUGAUGUAGCUAUUUGACAUCUUAUACAGUUUUACACUCUAUUCGA